AUCAGAAAGAAGCCCUGCCUAUUGAGCUCAGACCGCGGACUGCUCCGGGACCGGAACCUAGCACCCCCUCCGGACCGUAGUGGAUCAACUGCAGACCGGUUAUUGAUUAGUUAUUGGUUACUUAUCGGUUAGUUAUUGGUUAUCUUGUGAGCUACGAUUGACCAGGGGCGUUUGAUCUGCUGGAGGGGAUGUCCCGGCUGCUGGAGAGCAGGAAACAGGACAGGAUGAAGGAAAUAAACCUGAAGAAUAAGGAGAAGGAGCGGCUGAAGGAGAGGGAGAGGGAGGCCCGAUCCAACAACGGCCACCUGUUCACCUCCAUCACCGUGUCCUCCACCACCCUGUGCUCGUCCUGCAGCAGGAGCAUCACAGCCAAGGAGGCGCUCAGCUGCCCAGCCUGUAACGUCACCAUCCACAACCGCUGCCGAGACAGUCUGGCCAGUUGUGCCAAGAUGAAACAGAGGCAACAGAAGCUGUCGAUGGUCAGGAACAGCUCGGCUCUGCAGAACGUCACCCUGCGCACUAAAACCCCGAUGAUGAAGGAGCGUCCGAGCUCCGCCAUCUACCCGUCAGACAGCAUCCGUCAGUCCCUGCUGGGCUCGCGGCGCGUUCGAUCCGGGCUCUCGCUCGCCAAAAGCGUCUCCACCAAUAACAUUGCAGGAGGAGCCGAGGAGUCUACGGGUCUGAAGCGGAUCCUGUCUCAGUCCACCGAGUCGUUGAACUUCAGGAACAGGACUCUGUCCAUGGAGUCGCUGACUGAUGACGGUGAGUGGUGGUGGAGCCCGCUGCUCGAGGAGCUGCAGGCGGAGGGAAGCUGCGUUCAGGCUGACAGCUGGAGUCUCGCUGUGGAAUCGAGCUUUCUGCAGACACUUCACAAAGAUCUGAUCAAAAAACAGGACGUCAUCUAUGAGUUGAUCCAGACGGAGUUUCACCAUGUGCGGACGCUUCGGAUCAUGGAGGGCGUGUACCGACGGGGGAUGCAGGAGGAGGUGAUGCUGGAGCCUGGAGUGGUUCACACCAUUUUCCCCUGUCUGGACCAGCUGUUAGACCUGCACUCUAGCUUCCUGUCAGAGCUGCUGAAAAGGAGGAGGGAGGGACUGAUGGAGGGCAGCGCCACAAACUUUGUUGUCCGCAGCAUCGGAGACUUGCUGCUCAAACAGUUUUCAGGUCAAAGCGCCGACGACAUGAAGAAACUUUACUCAGAGUUCUGCAGUCGACACCCAAAAGCUGUAAAACUCUACAAGGAGGUUUUAACCCGAGACCGAAGACUUCAGCAGUUUAUCAGGCGUGUGUGUCGUGGUCCUUUGCUGCGUCGUCAUGGCGUCCAGGAGUGUAUUCUGCUAGUUACACAGCGAAUUACAAAGUACCCAGUCCUUAUCCAGCGGAUACUGGAUAACACCAAAGGCAGCAAAGAGGAGGCCCAUGCACUGGGCCAAGCGCUGCAGCUCCUGAAGGAUCUGAUCGGCUCAGUGGACCAGGAGGUGCUUGAGCUCAACCAGGCCAGGAGGCUGCAGGAGAUCCAGGCCCGUUUGGACCCCUGGUCCCAGGCGGCAGUCCAGGGAGGAGGAGUGUUCCGAGUAAGCGAGCUGCUGAGGAGAAAGCUCCUUCAUGAAGGGACGCUGCUGUUGAAAAGCCAAGGCUCCAGGAUGAAAGAUGUUCAGGUCCUGCUGAUGAGAGACAUCCUUGUUUUCCUUCAAGAGAAAGACCAGAAGUUCACCUUUGCAUCACUGGACAAGUCUCCAGUGGUGUCUCUGAACAACCUGAUUGUCAGAGACAUCGCCAACCAGGAGCGAGGGAUGUACCUGAUCAGCGCAUCCACGCCUCCUGAGAUGUUUGAGCUUCACGCAGCUUCGAAGGAUGAUCGUCGUACUUGGAUGACCUGGAUCCAGCAGGCUGCUCUCAGCUGUCCGACCAGAGACCAGUUCCCACUCAUUGAGACUGAAGACAAAGCAUUGCUGCGACGCCUCCGAGCUGACAUCCAGCAGAAGGACAGGGAGGUGCUGGAGCUCCUGCAGGAGCGUGUCACCCUGUUUUCUGACCUGGUGGAGGCGAUGGGACGAGGAGCAACCGAGGGCGGCGGAGUGGACGUGACCUCCUGCUGCUCCUCGUCCUGUAGGAACCUGUUCAGAGCUGACACUCCUCACGCUCCUCAGGCAGAGCCGCUCCUCACUGGGGCCAUCUCUGAAGUUGACAAACUCACCGAGCUGCUGUUGGACCCCAGCAUCCACAGGUCGUCCACCAGCAACGGCAGCCAGGAGCUCAGCAAUGGAGACUCUGGUUCUCCGGACUCGCUUGUGAUAAACAGCAGCUCCUCACAGGACAAAAACGGGAACCAGUUACAGGAGCAGACUCUGAACAAGGACGUCCGUCAGCGAUUGGUCGGUUUGAGCACGCAGCUUCACGCCUUACAGGCUGCUGUGAUUCGUCAAGACUCAAUGCUGGAGCUGUCGGCCUCACCAGUCUCCAGUCACAGCACUGGCCCCGCCCCCCUGCUCAGUCGCUCAGUGUCACGGGAUGCAGGGAUAGAUACCAGCGGGGAGGUGACGCUGCUGCGACGGCAAGUAGAGCUGCUGAAUGAAGAGGUGACCCGUCUGCGUGUGAGGGGGGAAGGAGGAGAGGUGAGGAGGGGGAGCAAUGGAAAGACCAGCAAUGACGUCCAGGAGCAACAGGUGAGUAGGGAAACUCUUGCCCCGUUGGCCAGUCAGGAUCCAACUGAGCAAUUAGAUGGCGAGGAGGAGGAAGAGGAACUGAUGAAGAUCUCUCCUCGCUCCGACAGCCCCAGAGACCUGCAGGACAUUCCUGAAGAGAGUGAGUGUGAACCUCAUCACACCUCAACCUGAAGACCUCCGUGUGAUGUCGCAGCGUAUUUUCAAUUAUUCUAAGUUUAAGCAUGUGACUUGUUGGAGGCCACAUCAGCUGGAGCCCACCUGUAUAUGUAGAUGUGGUGUGGGUUAGAGAAGCAGAGGGCUUAGCUCCCCCUGUGAACUAGUGUCUAUUUCAAACAGACCAGCUCCUUACUUCAGGUGUGUCAUCGCCAGGGGCUGCAUUUGAACACAUCUGCUCUGUCUUUGGAACACAACAGGUUUCCUCAGGUGACUUGAACUCAAGUAAAAUAUGAUGCAAUGGAUUUGAUCUGACUACAAAGCCCACUUACUCCUGCACCAGCUGACCAAUCACAGCGGAAACGCUGUGUGUGUGAUGUCAGAGCUGAAGUACCAUGUGACAUGGUAGUUUGUUUGAAGCAGACAGACAUGACACUACAUUUCCCAGGAUACCUUUGGGCGCCUCGUACCCUGCUGUGUUCAGGGGGCUUUUUUUUAAAUAAAUCUGUUAAUUUUGCUUUGUCAAGACAAAAUCAACUGUUUAAACUUUAUUUAUAUUUUAACUUAAAACAUUUCAAACCAAAACUUUUGUUUUAAAAUGUGGGAACAGUUUGUUUGGCUGUGGAGGAAGUUGAACCACUGCAGACCAAGUAGAUCUGCAAUGCUGUCUGACUGAAGCUUGAAGUCCUGUUUGUUAGCAUGCUAGCAUGUUGCUCUCUGUGUAUUAUCUGUCCACUGAUUGGUCAGUUUUCGGUUUAAUGAAUCGACUUGUUAGAUGCUGUUAUUGAUGAUCUGAUGUAGAAAUAAGUCUAGUGUCUUGUAGAGGAAUGAGCUGAGCUCUGAAGCUGGUUCUUUAUUAUGGUGAUGAUGUCAGUUAUGCUAAGAUGAUGAAACAAAUGUGAUGAGUUGCAGUUUUCUAAUCACAGGAGGUAAAGUAUCCUCUGUGGCUAUUUACCUAGAGAUUUACUUUUAUUAGCAAAUGCUAAGCAUUAGCACCAGUUUGUAUCAGAGAAUAAAUAAACACAAUGAAAUCUCCAGUUCUGAGUUUAUACUAAUAAAACUGAUGCAACUGGUUAACAACAGAAUUAUGAAACUCACCAAGUUUUCAUUUGAUAAGAUUUUAUUGGUAACACGCUGCAGUUUUAUUAAGCAUGCUUUUGUAUCCAUGUGACCUCUGACUGCAGGUGAUGAUUCAUCCUCCUGCAGGUUUUCUGUUUUUCUGUCUGACACAUAAUGCUGUAAUAUGCUGAUUUAAUGCUGUAACAUUUGUUUAAAGUUCACAUUCCAUCAUUAAACUGUUUAAACUCA